UGCCAAUCUUUAGUCGGCUGGUUCUAGAUAUGCUUGUCAGUCACAAUCCUCGAUUCAAGUAUAUGAAUGGGCAAGAAGAUAAUCAUGCUCCGGUGGAUUGCUGGACAGUCGAAUGCUUGGAGUCACAUGGCCAGCAUGUGACCGGAGGCCUUCAAGGCAGUUCCAAGUUUCAUCAUCCUCCACAUUUCUUCCCGUCUCCUCUCAUUUGUUCCUGAAUCCCGCCGCCAUCUAUCUCAACCCGGAUCGAUCUAGAAGCCGGAUCGCAUCCUCCAAGAUUUGUCGCAGCCACCACCAGCCCCAUGUCGAGAGCGGACGAGAUCACGCAUGCCAUGCGACUGACAUCCAGGUUGAGUGGACUGACCAAGACACUAGACUCAACGGAGCUAAGGGCCUGCUUAUCCGGCGUCGUCAUAAUAUCAGGAAUGGCGUGAUGGACAAUCGACAAACAAAGGAAAGCGUGGCCGACUACGGAGUAUCAUCAAGUAUGAAUGUUGUUCUCCACACGCUUGUGCCAUCCUCACGCUAUCCCGAUGAGGAUUCCAAGAUGACAGCUUUAGAUGAAGGUAAGCAAUCCUCUCAGGAAUCCCGGUUCUUGGCGCUCUUUUUGCUCAUUCCCUGUUAGCUGGGCGUGGAAUAUGAACUCUCCGACACCGCCUCGUGAUGUGUCUCUUUUCUUUUGGCCUCUUUGCGUGUGUGUUUUUCCUCGGAGCGCUGUCUCGGUCGGCCCAAAGUCCACAGUGGAACUGGCGGGUCGGCCUUAUUUAUGGUGGGUCGUCGGGACAUAUUCAGCCC